AUGUCCACGUCGGCGCCCGACAAUGACCAUGAGAACAGGGACAAAGUCGUCUUGGUGACGGGCAUCAACGGCUAUAUCGCCAGCCACAUUGGGCUCCAGCUCCUGCAGAAGGGAUACACGGUGCGAGGGACAUCGCGGGCCGCCGCUGCGCGAGAGAACCUGUUGGCCGGCCCGUUCAAGGGCUUCGAGGCCCAGUACCAACACGUCCAAGUGCCGGACAUUGUGGCGCGCGGGGCCUUCGACGCGGCGGUCCAGGGCGUGCACGCCAUCGUGCACACGGCGUCGCCGGUCGACUUCUCGCUCACCACGGUCGACGAGUUCUUCGGCCCCGCGGUCGGCGGCAACCUGUCGAUUCUCGAGUCGGCCAAAGCCGCCGCGGGCCCGCAGCUGCGAUCGUUCGUGGUCACGUCGUCCGUGGCCGCCAUCGCCGACAAGUGGAAACAGCCGGCCGACCACGCCUACACCGAGGCCGACUGGAACACGACGGCCGAGAGCGUGGCGCGCCAGACCUUCGACGCGCACACAGCCUACGCCGCGUCGAAAGCGGCCGCCGAGCGCGCCGUCUGGGACUGGACGCAACAGAACUCGCCGUCGUUUGCCGUCGCCGCCGUCCACCCGGCCGUCGUCACAGGCCCGCCUGUCUUGUGGCCCGCCACCCCGGACAGGCUCAACGAAACGCUGCUGCCCAUCUGGACCAUCUGGAGCGGGGGCAAGACCAUGCCGCCUCCGAUCGGCGGCGCCGGCUACAUUGAUGUGCGGGACGUCGCCAGCAUGCACGUCUGGGCGGUCGAGAACCCCGACCGGAGCCACGGUCAGCGCUACAUGCUUGCAAAUGGCAGGGCUCCGCCUCAGGCCGCCGCGGAUCUGCUACGCAACACCUUCCCAGAGAGAGACAUCAUCGUGGGGAGCCCCGGCCUAGGCUACAUUCAAGACUACGGCUUCCCCCAGGGCCAGCCCACCCUGAUCUCCAGCAAGGCGUUGGAUGCGCUCGGGCUACAGCACUUUAUUCGCUUCGACAAGUCCAUUCUGGAUACGGUCGAGGCCUUUGAGAGGCAGUGGCCGGGCCUCGCGAAGAACAUCAAACAGGAACAAUAG